ACUGAAGCCGAGAUGGGCUAGCACAGGAUCGACCAGCCAAUCGGAGCCCUGGAGGUGGGGCUUGAGAUCUGGCAAAUAAUUACUAGAUGCAUUUCCAGCCCAGUUGGUCUGGGCUGCUGAAAGAUCUGGCUGCAGAGUGAGAGGGAAGCAGGAAUCUAAGCACCGGUGUUGGUGGAACGCUGCUGUGGCAUCAGCCCUGGACUGGUUCCUGCUGCCUCCUUCCCGUCUUCCUUAGUAAAAGCCAACAUUUCAAUGAGAUUCAGCACAAGAAUCCCUACGGCCUUCCUCUGGUGAGGAAAGAGUUAAGUCAGUCACUGGAAAGCAGGCAUGUGUCCCUCUUAUUGAUCAUGCUGGUUGUUCUGGGUCAGGGCUGGAUGCAUGGGGGAGGGGAGGGUCAGCAGAGGAAAUGAAGGGAGGGAUCAGCAGCCACUCAGCCAAAGCUGGUCCCAGGGAGCAUCAGUGAAGUACAACUGGGUGAUUGUAGAAGUGAAGCUUGAAAUGCUCGCUUGCUCUUUUUUGACGGUGAACACUGCAAGCACAGUUCAAGCAGGGCCCUGUGGCCACAAAUGUACAGGGAGGAUUUUUACGGUUCAAGAGCAACUGGACCAUUCAAGCUACCCACAUGUGGCAUUCUCGUUUUUGAAAGAAAUUGUGAGUGAGGGGGAGCUGAGUGCUGGAUCAAACUCAUAACAGGCCACUAAGGAAGAAGAAUAAAAACCAGACCAGGCUAAAGAGCAGGCCAGGAGGUCCUCCCUCCCUCCCUCCCUCCCUCCCUCCCUCCCUCCCUCCCAUCUCUUUCUGUGAGCUGUGUCUGCAUGGCAUGGGGUCCCUUGAGAAUGAGCAGAAGGCGCUGACCUUUUCAAGCCUGUGGGUACAUUCAGAUUUUUGAGCUAGUGUCAGGGGAAACCAUCCACUCUGGUCACUUCCCAGAAUGAUAAUUUUAACCUGUCCCAUAUUUCCAAGCUUCUUUUUAUCUCCUUCCAAAUAGGUAUAUACAGGUAUAAAGAUUUAUGUUCUUUGCCGAUAUCCAGAUUCCUAUAUAUUUGAUUCUUUUACAGAUUGUCAGUCCUGUAAAUUGUUGUAAAGUGGAACCUCGUGUUACGGACGGGAUCCAUUCCGGAGGCCCAUCCGUAACACAGCUGAAGUGCUGUGUCUACACGUGAUUUAGCGCAAGCGGCGAAACCCAGAACUAACCCGUUCCAGUACUUCCGGGUUGCCGCAGGACGCAACACAAAAACACGUAACCUGAAGCGGACACAACAUGAGCAGAUGAAGUCAUCGGAUAUUGACCAGGAGUUAUUCACAGAAAGCUACUGCAAAGUGUGCAGCGCUCAGCUAAUAUCAGAAUCGCAGCGUGUGGCUCAUUACGAGAGCCGGAAACAUGCCAGCAAAGUUCGUCUCUACUAUAUGCUCCACCCACUAGAUGGAGGCUGCCCUGCGAAGAAGCUGCGGUCAGAAAAUGGCAGCGACAAUGAAUCGGUGGAUAAGAACAAAUGCUGUACGCUCUGUAACAUGUCCUUUACUUCAGCCGUUGUGGCUGAGUCACACUAUCAAGGGAAAAUUCACGCCAAAAGAUUAAAACUGUUGCUAGGAGAGCAGCCAACGUUAAAGGCCACAGAGACCAACCUGAGUUCCCUAAAGCAGUCACACCUGGAUAGUUCUCCUGUGGUGUCUCCGCCCCAUCAGAGAAGAGACUCUGACAGGUACUGCCAGCUCUGCACGGCUUGGUUUAAUAACCCGAUGAUGGCACAGCAGCACUAUGAUGGGAAGAAGCACAAAAAGAAUGCAGCCAGGGCGGAUUUACUAGAGCAACUAGGGAAGACGCUGGAGCUAGGUGAGUUAAGAGGUAAGAGCCGUUGGUUUUCUAAAAGCAUCAACGUGGGAACCCUCUGUGUGCUCUCCCCAGUGCUCCAAGGGUCCGUGUGGCAAGCCAUUGGGAGGGCUCCAUGUGGUUCCAGUGGUUCCCAUCACACCCAUCGUAUGCCCACCCUUGAGGGCUCAAGGCAUCUUAGGGUGCAGCAUCUGUCUGCCUCAUAGGAGUGAGUGAUGUUUGCCUUCAGUUAUGUGCUUCUUAUAUCGAGGAAGAGUUGUGGCUCAGUGGGAAAGCACAGAGGGGGCUGGGAGAGAAGUCUGUCUGAAACCUGGAAAGCCAGGUGGUGCCACUCAGGUCUGAUUCAGUACAAGGCAGCUUCCUAUAUACAUACCCUCCAACAUUCAUCAGAUGAAAAUAGGGGUAUUUCUCACUCCGCCCCCGCAACUGACCCUCCUUGACCUCCAUUUUUUGUCAUUGUCCCCUGCAGAGCAUUUCCUAUCAGAAGAAUGGCAAAUGCUGCCCCCACUAGUCCAAAGGGAUACAUCACACAGCCCUUCACCAUCCUGAGAAAACCCUUUAAUCCUGAUUUUAUUUUAUUCUUUGGUAGAUUUACAAAAAUAAAAACACACACUCCUAAAUUAAUCUUAUAAAGGGGCAGAAAUUGAUGCAGACACACGAAGCAUUUUUCUAAUAAAGAAAAUCCAGACUGCACUCUGCUGCCCCUUUCUGCCUUCUGUCUGCACCUCAGGGCCGGCGCCUCAUGCAAGACUGGGCUUUGGCAGCAAAAGCAGCCUCUCCUCUUCCUUGCCCACUCUCCAGCAUCUGCCACAAGGUGCCCAAGGGAGGAGGCCAGGGAGAGGCUCCGCCGCAGCCACAAGCACCGCUUCAACCUCCUCCCUGAGCUUGGCGAAAUAGGGACAUUCUGGGAUCAAUUCAGAAGCUGGGAAGGCUUUUGUAAUUCUGGGACACUUGGAACACUAUGUUCCCAUAAUUCUGGGACACUAUGUUCCAAAUGGUUGGGAAAGGGCUGCUGUUGUUCAGUGAAAACAUCUGCUCUGCAUGCAGAAGGUUCAGGCAUUAGGAGGUCUGUUCCACACAAUGUAGAAAUGAGGCAUUUUAGUGUUGUGACACCUGCCCUUUGGGAUGCCCUCCCCUUGGAUAUCCAAAAAGUGACACCUCUGUUGUCUUUUCCAUGCAUACAAGACCUUCCUCUUUCUCAUUCUGCAUGUGUACAGCAAUUGUUUUCAAGAUGCUUUUAUUGCCUCACCACUUGUUGGUCACCAGCCCAGGCUCCUUUGGGAGGAAGGGCAAUAUAUUAAUACUAAUAAGUAAAUAAAUCAUCAGCUCCGGGUGGGACUGGGGGAGACCCAGCCUGAAGCCCUGGAGAGUUGCCAGUCAGUGUUUAGACAAGGGUUAGUUUAUAAUAAUAAUAAUAAUUUAUUAUUUAUACCCCGCCCAUCUGGCCGGGUUCCCCCAGCCACUCUGGGCGGCUUCCAACAAAACAUUAAAAUACAGAAAUCCAUCAAACAUUAAAAGCUUCCCUAAACAGGGCUGCCUUAAGAUGCCUUCUAAAGGUCUGAUGUCCCAGUGGUGGUUGGUGGUGGGAUUCCUACCAAGUUGGUAGCUUGGUGGUUGGAUUCCUAUUAUUAUUAUUUAUUUAUUUACACCCUGCCCAUCUGGCUGGGUUUUCCCCGCCACUCUGGGCAGCUUCCAACACGCAUUAAAAUACAUUAAAAUAUCACAGAUUAAAAACUUCCCUAAACAGGGCUGCCUUUAGGUGUUUUCUAAAUGUCAGGUAGUUGUUUAUUUCCUUGACCUCUGAUGGGAGGGUGUUCCACAGGGCGGGCGCCACUACUGAGAAGGCCCUCUGCCUGGUUCCCUGUAGCUUUGCUUCUCGCAGUGAGGGACCUGCCAGAAGCCCCUCGGUGCUGGAUCUCAGUGAAGACGCUCCUUCAGGUAUAUAGGACCGAGGCCGUGGACACAGAAUUAACCUGUGCCUCCAUGGACAGCUGUGAAUCCAAAAUGACUCCCAGGCUGCGCACCUGGUCCUUCAAGGGCACAGUUACCCCAUUCAGGACCAGGGAGUCCCCCACACCCACCCGCCCCCUCUCCCCCCAAAACAGUACUUCUGUCUUGUCAGGAUUCAACCUCAAUCUGUUAGCCGCCAUUGAUCCUCCAGCCGCCUCCAGACACUCACACAGGACCGGCACCACCUUCACUGCUUCUGAUCUGAAAGAGAGGUAGAGCUGGGUAUCAUCCGCAUACUGAUGAACACCCAGCCCAACCCCCUGAUGAUCUCUCCCAGCGGCUUCAUAUAGAUGUUAAAAAGCAUGGGGGAGAGGAUGGAACCCUGAGGCACCCCACAAGUGCUUGUUGAUGUUGUGGUGCAUCUGCUUUGCAUGCAGGAGCUCUCAGCUUGAAUCCUCGACAUCCCUGGGCUGGGCUGGAGUAGACCUUUAUCUGAAACCCUGGAGAGCCACUGCCCAUCAGUGCAGACAGUACUGAGCUAGAUGGGCCAGUGGUCUGACUCAGUAUUUGGCAGGUUCCUAUGUGUGAAUUGCCUUCAGACACUUGGUGUGGGUCUUGCCUGGGGCCACAGAAGAACCAUUGAUGGGGCUUUGUGCAUCCCACAGACCCAGGGGCGUUGCAAUAGGGAGCGGGGGGCGGGGUGCCCUGGGCUCCACUCUGAGGGGGGCAGCGCGCCGCUCCAUCGCUACCUCCACCGAUGGCCGCUGCUACCAUGGCAGCGGCACAACCGCCAUCGCGGAGGCCCCGAUGUUGCUGACCUCGCCCCUCGCUUCUUCCUGGUGGGGCGGAGGCAAGGGGCGGGCCAGAGAGCAGUGGCAGCCGCUGACUCCCAUCGCCGCUCUGCCUCAGCAGGAAGAAGCAGCAAAGCAAGCUAUGGAGUGGGUUGCCGCCAGCGGUGCUCUUGCAUCGGGAUCCUCGGAUCCGGGCACUGGAGCACUGCCCCCGGCAAUAUGCUCCGUAGUGCGCACAUGCGAGCAUCCCGCUCCGUCAUGCGCAUGCGUCAUGACGUAGUGACAUUACAUCAUGACACAUGCGUCACGGCGGAGCGGGAUGCCGCCCUGGGCAGCAGAGAGGCUCUGUACGCACCUGCACAGACCACAGGUUAGGCCCCUUGGUCUGGAAUAUCUUAUUUUAGGAGGGCUGCAGACUGAAGAAUAGGGCCCCUUUUCCAUCUUGUUCCCACAGAAGCCCAGCAGGUGAGGGGGGGUCUGCAGCCACUUUUGCCAAGGCCCAUUCAUUCGUCUUUUUUUUUUACAGGAACUGCCCACCCAAAUCCCUUCCUUCUCUGCUGAAAUCUGUUAAUUAUGUAAAGUCUUUGCAAAACACACAUCUCCUGGGUUGGGGAAACAUGCUUUUUCCUUUCCCUUUUUAUGCCUUUAACUUCCUGCAGUCAAGUACUAUUAGCUGGAAGCCCAUCAAACGUGGAAUGUUUUAUCCAUUUAUGUCUCACUAAAGGGAUUUGAAAACAGAAGGGUUUCCUAGCGCUACAUUAUAUGUAGUUUUUUAAUGUGCUGUGUUCCGUUUCCCCUUUCCCUGCCUGAGCUCCACAAAAUGCAGGUUGAGUUUAUAGAUGAAUCUCCUGUUAUCAUAUCCUUCUUGAACGGGUGGCUCCCUUCCCUCGGGAACAAGCGCAUGCCACAAGUGUUCUUCAGAAUAUAUGUAAAACACAGAGAUUGAAGCAUUCUCCUCUCAUCUGCCCCAAGGCACCAAGUUUAGCGACAUAACCCCUCACAAUACAAUUAUACGUGAGAUGGAAAUAGGUGGUUGUCUUUUAUUUGCCGCAUCCCCCGCCUUGGGUAGAAUUCCCUUUUAUGUCUUAUUCCAGAAAAACCAACAGCCUUGGCUGAGAGGCCCCGUGGCCUUAUUCUCCAGCGCCCUCUGGUGCAAAACUCUUACAACUGCAGCAUAAAGUGGCUUCCUGGGCUUCUUUCCUCUAUGUUAGAGUGGUUUAAGGCCAUGCUGCCCACAGCUUUAACCUUCCCUUGGGAUGCACAGGUGGUUGCCAAGGGAGUCUUGAGCUCCUGCCCAGCACCUUCAUAUUAAAUGCCUUGAAUGAUCCCAGUCUAGUCAGGUCAAUAGGGGUGUAUGGUGUGUUAGGGGAGGGGUAGUACCUCUGGUGGGGGAGACGCCCUGCUCCUUCUGAGGUCGUUUGUCCUCACCCUGCUCCCAGCUCUCACCUGUGGCUCCAGGAAGCUAUCAGCAGGUGAUAGCAGCCACACCCCAGGGAAUGUCUUUGACUGGCUGGCUAAACCAGGUGAGGGGAGCUGAUGAGUUUCAAACUCUUGGUGAGUUAAAGACUUCCCUGAAUGUGAAGACAGGUGCUGGCAGAUUGAGUGGAGAAGACCAAUAGUGGGUCCAGCAGUCAAGAAGGCUGUUUCUGCAUGUAUAAUCAUAAUCAUAAUAAACUUUUAUUUGUAUCCCGACCUCCCCGGGAAGUGAGGGACAAGUGGGGCUCAUCCACAUGGGAGGAGAACUCUGCUCCUUAACCUCUGCUGCCUUGCAGGAGAAGAAAAGGCUCAGGAGUAAACCCUCCACAAAUCUGGAGUGGCAUCCCUAAGAUGGUUGGAUGGCGCCGUGUGCAACUGUGGCAAACAUUGGUGCCAAUCAUUCUGCUUUCCUUUGGACCACAUCAGAGAGGCCAAAAAGGCUUGCAUCUUGGGGAGAUCAUUUGGUGCUGCUAACAGAGUGGUGUGACUUCACCCCUGGAGGCACACUCCAUUGUCUCUCGAGACAGAGCGAUGGCAGCAACAACCUCCAUCUGGUCAUAUCAACCCUGAUUUGCUCCUUGGCCAACUAUGGGCUCGUCCACAGUUCCACUUAUCCAGUGGUUUCUAGGCAUGAGUUUGAGUGGUUUUCCAUUUGCCCCUCUACUUUCCCCGCGAAAGGACCCUGAUGUUUACUGCUGAAUUGGAAGAAACUGGAUCGGCAUUCAUCCCAAUUCAGUGGUAAACAGUGGGGUUUUCCCAAGGAAAAGUGGCAGUACAAGAGGAAGUGUGGGUGAGACCUAUGACAAUGGGAACAGAAGCAAUAUAGCUCUAAGGAGCAGGUCAGGGGCCAAUGAGAAGGGAAAUGAGGGAGGCUGAAAAGAAAAGGGUCUCUUAGGACCUGAGGCAGCAAAAUGGCGGACAACGAGAGAGAUAGAGAGGGAGGGAGGGAGCACAUGUCAGAAACAUUCUGUCCCUGAGCAAUGCAAGAAAAAUUGCUUUUGUUUUGCUUUUGUUUUCCCAAUGAGUUGCUUCACUUGAACAAUGUUUACAGGCCCAGCUGUAUUUAACAUCCUCCCGAGUUUUGAUAACACUGUCAUCCUUCAGAAAUUGCCAUUUCUUCCCAAUCUAACAUUUGGGAUUCCAUCAGUUUAAUUAAAUAAUGAUGCCAUUGCACCUAUAACUCCAUGCCCAGGCAGUAUGAAGGUUUGUUCCCUUGUGAUGAGAGGUAUCCUGGAGGCUUUAUGGCAUUUUUGUAAGAUCUGUUUAUUUCUAAAUAAUAAUAAUAAAGGUAAAGGACCCCUGGACGGUUAAGUCCGGUCAAAGGUGACUAUGGGGUGCAGCGCUCAUCUCACUUUCAGGCUGAGGGAGCCAGCGUUUGUCCACAGACAGCUUUCCUGGUCAUGUGGCCAGCAUGACUAAACCACUUCUGGUGCAAUGGGACACUGUGACAGAAACCAGAGCCAUUUACCUCUUUAUCUACUUGCACUUGACGUGCUUUCGAACUGCUAGGUUGGCAGGAGCUGGGACAGAGCAAAAGGAGCUCACCCCGUCACGCAGAUUCGAACUGUCAACCUUCAAAUCGUCAAGCCCAAGAGACUCAGUGGUUUAGACCAUCCCUUUUUAUUUAUAGACUAGUGUAUUUCAGCCCGUUUAAUAACGGGCGCUAGAACAUCCUGGGGUUCGGAGAAGCGCUUGUGCAGCGCUUCUCCGAACCCUGGGACCUGUCCUUGCUGUCGGCGGCAGGGGGACAGGAACGG